AUGUCACGCCACCAAGCAUAUCGUAAUUACGAUUACGAGAAUGAUCUCGACGAAUAUGACGGAGACGAAUUUGGAGAUGAAGAAGAGGAAUUAAGCCCGGAAGAUCAAGCUCAAAUGAACCUCGCUACGGCCCAGGUGCGAGCCGCUCUCGGACUCGAAUCGUCCAAGGUCACCACCCAGCAAAUCCAAGAUGCGCUAUGGCAUUACUAUUACGAUGUCGAUAAGUCUGUGACUUAUUUGACGGCCAAAUAUGUCGCACCUUCAACGAGGAAGAAAGGGGGAGGUGAAUCCCGUGCACGGCACGUCUCAUUCGCCGGCUUCUUCAGCGAUAUGCCAUGGUUAAAUAUCCCAAAGAACCGAGAAACCACGUUCAUAAUGCCAUCACGACCCCGUGGCGGCUUACUAGGAGGUGCUAGCCCUGCCGGCAAAGUUUCUAAACUCCAAGCACUUGCCAUUGCUCGUAAGAAAAAAGCGGACGAGAAGAAAUCAGACGAGAAACAACUUCAAGCCACGACACGAAAUUUAAGCUACCUCUCCACCACUUCAGUCCAACCUGAAUCCACCAAAGAGAACCUCCGACCGGCCUCAGAAAUCCAGAGAGAGGCUACGGGGCUCCCAGGUGCAAAUGUAGCCAAGACUAUAGAGAACAAGCUCCAAAGUGAGCUAGAGAGAGCCGGGCCCGUGCCAACCCACUCACCUGAACCUGAACUUACGGAAUCUUUACCGGCAGCUGUGCCAUUCGAGGAGGAGGCUGCUGCCGCUGCUGCACCAUCUCCCUUUGCCCAGGCUCUUCUCGGGUCCAUUAAGCGUUCUACUACCUCGCCGCCAAAGACUUACCCAUUUCCUUAUAUCAAUUUGACUUCAUCAGUAACUGACGCAUUCUCAGCGCCAAGCCCAGAUGAUGUAGUCUUGGCAGCACAGUCCCAAGCAAGCAGCAAGAAGAGUGUUGCCAGUACAACCAAGAAGAAGGCUAGCGCGGGAAAGGUCGAAGAAAUCACAGGCGGUGUGAAAGGCCUCAAAAUACCUGAUGCGCCGUUACCUAAAAGCAAGAAUGUCGACGUGCUCAAGGAGUUCGAAAGGUCCAAGAGCAAAAAGAAUGCAAGCUUCGUAGUCGUCGGCCAUGUGGAUGCCGGUAAAAGUACUCUAAUGGGGCGCCUAUUGCUCGAUCUUAAUGUUGUCGACCAGAGGACGAUACAGAAAUACCGCAAAGAGGCGGAAAGCAUAGGGAAAUCUUCGUUUGCGCUUGCGUGGGUGUUGGAUCAACGGUCGGAAGAGCGAUCGAGGGGCGUAACGAUCGACAUCGCAACAAAUAAGUUCGAAACGGAAAAUACGUCCUUUACGAUUCUAGAUGCACCUGGACAUCGGGAUUUCAUUCCUAAUAUGAUUGCCGGUGCAAGUCAAGCGGACUUCGCAAUUUUGGUAGUCGAUGCUACGACCGGCGCGUUUGAAGCUGGGCUCAAAGGGCAGACACGAGAGCACUCUCUUCUCCUUCGCAGUAUGGGCGUGUCUCGGGUGAUUGUCGCGACCAAUAAGCUGGACGCGAUCGGCUGGUCGCAAGAACGGUUUGAUGAGAUUUCGCAACAAGUAUCUGGCUUCCUCUCGGCAACGGGUUUUCAGCUCAGGAAUAUCAGCUUUGUCCCCGUGUCAGGAUUGCAUGGAGACAACAUAGUAAAAAGAUCGGCAGAACCAGCAGCCAGCUGGUUUAGUGGAAGAACUCUCGUGGAGGAGUUGGAGAACUCGGAGCCAAUGGCCCGGGCAUUGAACAAGCCUCUACGUUUGACUAUUUCUGAGGUAUACCGGACAACGCAAAGCCCGGUUACAGUAUCCGGAAGGAUAGACGCUGGUUCGUUACAGGUGGGCGAUGCACUCAUGAUCCAGCCGAGCGGCGAGAAAGCGUACGUCAAGUCUUUGGAACUUGAUCACGAGCCAGUGGAGUGGGCUGUGGCGGGACAGAACAUGGUCAUGCACCUCAGCAAUAUCGAUCCGAUACACGUACGGGUUGGAGACAUUAUCUGCGAUACGAAACAACCAAUCGACUGUGUCGACACGUUUACAGUUAAGGUACUAGCGUUCGACAUACUGAUGCCGAUGCAGGUAGAUGUACACAGGGGCCGUCUGCACGGCGCGGGUCAGAUCCUAGAGAUAUCAGCGCUGCUCGACAAAACUAGAGGCACCGUAUUAAAAAAGAAGCCCAAGAUAGUGAAGCCGGCAAGCGUGGCGAGAGUGGUAGUUAAAAUGUCGACGAAGGUACCUCUGGAAGCAGGCCAGCGUGUGGUACUCAGAUGUGGAGGUGAGACAGUUGCCGCCGGGUUAUUAGAAUGA